AUGGCACUAUCAUUUUCAGUGCAGAACUUAGCGGCGCUGUAUAUUUCUGCUUUUGCUGAAAGUUACAGCAAUUCUGAACGUCAGGCAGCAGCCCGUGCACUGCUUCGACACGAUGUCCAUCUUGACGGAACUCACUACCACACCAGGAAGCCAGGCGGCCUUCACCCGUCAUAUGCGGCCUUCAACUCUUUUCCUAUAACAAAGCAACAUUCUCUCACUUGUGAGGAGUUGGUCGAAGCCUCAUUGCAAGAUGUCUUCGAUUCGAUUGCUAUGCAGGACCGUCUCAACGGAGGAAUCUCGGUACUGAUUCGUUGCCCAGGUUUCAACACCAACACUGCACUCUCUCCAGGGGAUGUGGCAGUUGAUUUAUACAUCACCCCGCGAGAGCUGCAGGAGAACUCUGCACGUAUUGGAGGAGAUAUUGCAGUCUUA